CACGUUAGAAAUGCGAUGACUGUCGUGCACGACGCACGAGCUUAGGACGCUCCGUUUACGAGUGAUCAAUCUUUUCUGACGUGCAAUUAAUAUCGUGCCGCGAACGGUGUUGGUAGCUUUGGCCGUACCGGUUUCGUUUCUGAGUUGGCCAACGUGUUAGCUCGUGAAACGUGUAUUUGUAAGCGAAGACGUGUAAAGUCUGGCUAAGUAGUCGUGCGUGCGAACGGGAGAGAACGGGAGAGAACGGGGGAGCACACGAACACCGUGGCUGAAACGGUGCUCCGAAACGCGCCUGUCGACGUCACGAUGGUGAGCUGAAAGGUGACGCAUAGGCAAUGGCGAAAAACGCGAGAGGCUCCGAGACGGUGCCCAUGGUUUUGACGUGCGAACACUGUGCUAACCAGACGUUCAAGCAAAUUCAAGACUUCGUUAGGCACUUGAGAGACCAACAUUGUUCCAGAGAAGGUGGAUCCUUCGUGUGCCUCUAUGGCUAUAAUGGAGUAUGCACUAGUCUUCCUGUGGAAGGUGUUUCCGACAAAGAUUAUAUAGCACAUGCCACCAAGCACGCAGCUAUGCAGCAGCAACGAAAAAGCAAUGGCCAGUUAUCAGAGGCCAGCUCGACAUGGACGGUAUAUUCUGCUGCGCAAAAUCUACCUGCCGUUCUCAAUGAUCCUUUCAAGGGCAAGCAGAGCAAUUUUCUAACACGCACCUGGGGAGAUGGGUUCAUCGAAAAGGUAGACAUUCCGAAGAGUCCCUACCUGCCGGAGGUCACAAUGCAGCAUUUUGAAAUGUAUUUGAAAAAAAUUGCAAGGAGAUAUCGGAAACACUCGCGGAUGAACUCGAACGCGAAUAGACCAACUACUCCGAAUGAGCUGCUUCAAAAUUUCCCAAAUCUUAGGAAGGUGAAGUCAUUAGAUCGGCUGCAAUUCGAUUUAGCUAGUAUCCCAAAGAUCUUCUUAGUGCCAGGUUUAGAUCUUUCGCAAAAAGACAAUUUUGAUGCUGUGUUUCCGUUCGCAAAAGACGGCCUGUUAACUGAGGAAUGUAACAUUGUUAUGCACGUGAAGCAAAUGCAAGAGAAGCUCAGUCACUACCUGGACAUCGUGGAAGUCCGAAUAGCGGAGCAAGUCGCGUCCAAAUCUCAAGCCUUCUUCCAUGCGAUGACAUCUCACGAUGCGCUCAUGGAACAACUCACUCAAACAAUCACGGUUCUAAAAGCUCUCAGGAAAAAUAUUCAUCAAGUCGAUCAGCAUCUAGUCAAGGAUUCUUUAGACAUUUUACGCUUGGAACGUGCUAGGUCUAACAGGUUGCUGGUUCAAGAAAAGUUGAAACUUAUGGCGACUGUGCAUCAAAGUCAACCCAUGAUACAGUUACUGUUAUCUACGCCGGACUAUGUUGCGGCACUAGACCUCAUUUCUACGACACAAGAGAUUCUCCUGCAGGAGCUGAACGGAAUACAUAGUUUCAGACACUUGAGUUCGCAACUGACCGAAAUGGAAAAGCUCGUGGACAAAAUGUUGUCGACGGAGUUUCAACGAUACGCCACGGCGGAUCUGAACAGACCGUUGGGCGGCGAGAACACUGUUCUGGACGGCGAUAAACUGGUGUCCAUCAUUUCCGGUCUGCUGCGUCAGAAACACUUUCAAUUUGUGGACACGUACAAAGAGGAAGCUGUUACUACCAUAAGAGCGUUAACGAAGCAACGGGUGAUCGAAGCCCUGGCAGCGAGCGAUUGUUGCAGCGAUCAGCAAGCGGCAGCUCUCGAAGUCGGAGGUCUCUCUUUAACAGAGAGAUUAACUCUGCUUCACAGUACCAUACAGUCCUUCACGUAUCUUCUAUUACGAGUUAAGGCAGUUCACGAUGUAAUGAGAGACACCGCAGACUUAUCGGCCGGACGUUUAUGCGACGGCUCGUUCGAUGAAUCAAUACCUGAUCGUUUACUGACUCAAGAAGAGCAUACGCGAGUAACCACCAAACUCACUGAUAUGAUUACUUCUGUAUGCGAUUAUUGCCACGAGCGAAUGGGGAAUCUGCUUUCAGCGGGCACAAAUGAGAAGGAUAAGUUUUACAACGAUAAGGACAAAGUUAUCGGCGACGUGUCGCAGAGUUACAAAUCCGACGACAAAGAGUAUCAAACGUGGAACGAUAAAGGCUCCUGGCUGAGCGAGAGAGCGACGACUGCUCAGGUUUGCCAAUUGGCUAAUAUGGUCGAGGAAUUUACACACGCUUGCGAGAAACUCUGCGGCAAGCAGUGCACAGCGUUGCGCUCGGCGUUCAAGGCGCAAGCGAGUAAAUUUGUACAGCGUUUCCAUAACGAACGAAAGACCAAACUGACGCUAUUGCUGGAAUCCGAGAGAUGGAAGCAGGCUGACGUACCGUUGGAGUUUCAAUCGUUGGUAACAUAUGUACACGAGAAAAAGUGCUUUCCGCUGAAAAUCUUCACAUGCGAGGACGACACGAACAGCGACAGCGUGGAGAACUUCAUUGUCGUCGGCGAUGACAAAUUCGCCGUGGUUGGAACCGCUCUGAUGCUCAUACAGAUGAUACAUGAGUAUUGCAGGACCGGCAGUGAAUUGGUUGCCUUGUCCGGGACCAUAGGAAGACAACUCGCCGAACUGUUGAGACAUUACAAUUCGCGAUGCUGUCAACUGGUUCUCGGCGCGGGCGCGAUGCAAGUCGCGGGCUUGAAGACCAUCACCAGCACGAUCCUCGUGUUGGCGGCGCGAAGUCUGAAGCUCAUAUUGUGGUUCAUGCCUUUCGUCAAGGCGCAUUUUCAAGCACUCAUGGAACAAAAUCCUAGCCGAGGACUCGUUGGCUCGUCCGGUAUGAGUGGCGGAGUGGCUUUGUUAGACAGUGUUGAGAGAGAUAUUCGCGCGCAUGUGCGAGAAAUUGAAGGGAAAAUUCUCACUAUCGUAGACAAGUUACUAGGCGGCCAAAUAUCCAAGUGGACAGCGAGACCUCCGGUGCCAUCGAAAUCUUUCAGAAAUAUUUCUAGUUACCUAAUGAAACUUCACGAAGCCGUCUCCGGAAUUUUGCCUACUGUCGAAGUACAAUCGCUCUACCGCACCGUAAACACGUCCUUCAAGGAGAAGCUUAGGGAGCAACUGGUGAAGAUGAACAUCGUGAACAACGGCGGGCCGCAGCAUGGCGUGGUCACGUCCGAGCUCACGUUCUAUUUAGAAGCCUUAAGAAAACUAAAAGUACUACCAAGCGAAGAAUUAAAUGACAAUUGGAUGAGCGACAUAUGGACUAGAUAACAUGCAGAGCGAGUGAUAUACUGCAUCAUAGAAGCAAUGAAGUACUAUAGGAAAAGGUGACUGUAUGCACUCGUCUUCCUUUGUAUAACUCAUCACAUCCCCAACACGUAAACAUAAACCAUACGAUAUUGACGUCUAUCGUCCGAUCGUCUUCGAUGAUGGCGGGAUUUAGAAAGAAUAGUUCGCGUUGAAUUUGAUUUUUUUUCAAAAUUAGAGUUUCUCAUCGCCUUAUAGUACGAUCAUUCAUGCGAUCGUCGAUUAAUGUGUCAUAUACACUUUAGCAAAAAUAUGGUUUAUUAGUUUGAUCGAAUGUGAGGUGAUUGAAGGCAGACGUCGCGUUUCUACGAGAUAGAAUAUUUAUCACAGAUUCAAUAUUUGGAAAAAAGAAAUUUUAUAGGCGCUGGUCAUAACUGAAUUCAUUUGUUAAUUUUGACAACGUUGAUUGCAUCAUUUCAUUAGUCACAUAACUCGUGUUCAAUUCACAAGACAUACAUUUUCGAAGCGUUACAGUCGACAAUUUUUAGGAUACAUCAGAUGACCCACCAUACACGUCUCUCGAGUAUUUUCGCUGACUAUAGUGUUCAAACGAAAUUGCUAUCAAGUAUACAUGAACUAUAGGAACUGUAGAAAUAUGUCCGUAGGUAUCUUGUGAAAGUAUUAUUUUCUAAUACACAUGGUUGCGGAGGGAAAGAAACGUCACGUUUGUUCACUUGCGAAUGAAGCAUCGUCUCUUACAGAUAUCUCGAUGUAUCACGAUGUUGUAGCAGGACCAAACAUAGUAAUUUGUAAGUUUUUUGUAUGAUACCGUAUUUAACAGGCAAUUAAAACUUCUAUUUCCGAAGUAAUUGUAUGUUUCUUGGAAAGAUAUUCUUUCCUUUUUUUUUCGUAAAGAAAGUUUCAGAUAGUUGAGUUAUUUAUGACACAUAAUGUGUGAAUCAAAAGUAAAGUAAAUAUGACUAUCUUGAUUGUUCAUUAUGCGUAUGCGAUUAUAAUUAAUAUGUCGCGAGAACGAAAUCGCGAAAUGUAUGCUCGCGCAAAGAGGUUAUGACGAAAAGGUGCGCGCUUGCUUGUCAUUCUAAGAGUCUUCUCUUCAGAAAGGAAGAAUAUAUGAUUACUAUUCUUCAUAGCUGAUAUUAACGCAACUUUUAUGUGCAAUUAGUAAUUGGUAUUAAUUAUACGUGAAAGACAAUGUGUUCGUAAAAAUUUUAUCUAAUAUUCUAAAAGAGGGAGAAAAAAAAGGAAGUGAGAUAAUUACACACUAGCAUGUGUAAAUGUAGAAAACGUCUGAGUCUAUAUCGCGGAUUGUACCGUGCAUUUCAUUCCUGACUUCAUCUAGUCUGAGUUGUACAUAAUAUUGCGAGAGGAGGGUAUGCGCUAAUCGACUGUACUUUAAUUCAUGAACGAAUUUGCGAAUUUAGAGCGUAAAUACGUCGUGUGAUCCAGCAGAGACGUAUUUAGUAGGGCUCCAAGCACGUUUUUCAUAUUACGCAAGGGAAGUCGCGCGAAAGCGCUCGGAGCCGAUUAUUAUUACAAAGAAUAUCCUCCGUGGAUUUCACUCUAUCAAGACUGACGACCUCUCGUUAGAUCAUCGCGCAUACGAAAGGAAGAAUGAGAAGCGUGUUAUGUAGAAAGACUAUUAAUUUUUAGAUGUAAAUUAUUGUAUCUUGUACCAUCUUACAUAAUGUACUACGAACAUUAACAUAAAAAGAACUAAUGAGACCGCA